AUGAGUUUUCUAUGGAGGAGCGUCUUUACCAGACUCCGCCCCCCCCCUAUCACAGCGGUUUCUCCCCUCAGCCGCCUGCUCCAUGUCGGUCAGCGAGCCUCCCUCACCAAAGCUUUCUCCUCCCGCGAUGUGGAGCAUUUCGCCGAGCUGACUGGCGACACCAACCCUCUCCAUCUGGACCCGGCCUACGCCAGCACCACCUCCUUCGAGACGCCCAUCGUUCACGGCGUCCUCAUCAACGGCCUGAUCUCGGCCGUGCUCGGCACCAAGAUGCCCGGACCUGGCUGCGUCUUCUUGUACCAGGAAAUCCGCUUCCCGGCGCCACUCUACAUCGGAGAGGAGGUGCUGGCUGAAGCCGAAGUGCGUAAAGUGAAGAUGUCGUUCGCCUUCAUCGCUGUGACCUGCUGCGUCAAGGACAAAGUGGUGAUGGAGGGGGAAGUGAUGGUGAUGAUGCCUGUGGAGCAACAGGAAAGAUGAAGGGAAGGCUGAUGUGACAAUGCAGGGACAUCAUUUGGUUUGGAGCAGCUUUUAUACAUGCUGGUUUUCAUUAAUUAAUUAUGACAAGAAGUGAUCAGAGAUGAAUAGGAUGAGUCUGGAAGUGGAUGAUUUAUCGUUCACUUUGUUUCUGUUUAAUUUAUCAGCUCUGUGAUGUGUUUUGUUUUCAAGUGUGAAAUCUUUUGUAGAAUAAAAAUGGCAGUUUGUA